AUGACGAAUAAGAAAAAUAAUGAUAAGAAUAAUGAUAAUGAAACGACUAACUUAGAGGACAAUUGUAAUGAGGAUAAAACCAACUCGUGGAAAGUACAUGAUUUAAAAUAUGACGAAAAGAUAUAUAAUAAUAAUAAUUAUAAGAAUGAUUGUUUUUCCUUUUUCAGAAAUAUAAAAAUAGUUAAUAAUGACAAAAGCGUAUUAAGUAAUAUUUGUUGUACAUAUAAUUAUUUAUUUGUUAGUACUUUUAAUAAAGUAUAUAUAUUCAAUUUUGAUAACAUUUUAAAUAUAAUAAGAGAAAAUGAAAAUCAAAUAAACAAGCAUAUUAUAAACAAAGAUAUAACAGAUAAUAAAAAAAAUAUGGAUGAAGAAGAUACAGAACAAAUGGAUGGUAUAUAUAUAAAUAAUGACAAUUCAGAUAUUAUAAAAUUGAAAGAUGUUUAUAAAAAAAAUACAUUUUUUAAUGAUGAAGAAUCAUCAAGUGAUGAUGAUGAAAAAAAUACACUUUUUGAUAUGAACACAUUUAAUAAAUUAUUAAAGAAAUAUAACAAUGAAGAUGUUGUUAUACAAAACAAUAUGAACAAUUUUAAUUUUAACAACCAACAAAUUGAAGAAAACAAAAAUAAAGAAGAUAAUAAUAAAACCAUGAAUAUGCAAAUGGGUAGUAGUAACCCUUUUUCUAACGAAAAAAUGAAUGAUUAUAAUAUUAUGGAAAAUAAUAAUUAUAAAUCAAAAAUUGAUGAACUAGAAAAUAAAAUAGAAAAAUUAAAAAACGAGCUUAGCAAAAAUUCACAUAAUAAUAAUAAUAUUAAUUAUAAUAAUGAUUAUAAUAAUAGUUAUUGUAGUCGUAAUUUAUUUAAUUUUAAUAAUCUUAAUAUUGAUUUAUUAAAUAAUAUAGGAUUUAGAGAAGAAUAUUUAUAUUAUGACAAUUACCUUGAUACUUCCUCAAAUAAGAAAAAAGAAAAUAUAAAUGGUGAAGAUGAAAAAAAUGAAAACGAUGAAAAUAAAAAAAACGUUCAGGAAGAAGAAGAUGAAGAAUUAAAAAAGAAAAAAAUGAUAGAAGAUGAGAAUAAUAAAAAUGAAGAAUUAAAAAAAAAAGGAUUCUAUAUAAAUAAUAAUUACUUAGAAAUAAAUAUAGAUUUACUUAAAUAUAAGACAAAGCAAAAUUGUCCUCUAUUAGAAUAUAUAGGAUCAUUAAAAAAUGUAUCCUCUCCAAUUUUAAUGAUGAAAAAUAAUAAAGAUCAAUCAAUAUUAACCAUCCUAACAUAUAAUGGGAGUGUUUAUAAUUAUAAUAUUUCUGAAAACGCAUUAAAUUAUUUAAAAGAGAAAAGGAAUGAACAAGUAGAUAUGCUUACUAAUAUGGAAUAUUAUUUAAUGAAAAAAGGAAAAAUGGACAAGUUUAUUGAUAACAGAAAAAAAGAUCAAUAUGAUAAGGGGGAAAAUGCUAGUAAUAAUAUAUUAGGGCUACAAGGACCUUAUUAUAAUAAAAAUGAUAUAGAACAAAAAAUAAAUAAUUAUCAUGAAAAUGAUGAACAAGAUGAUGAAGAAGAAGAUGUCUCUUUGUCUCCAUUAUCUAUAUGUAUUUCUUAUUUUACAUUUUCUAUAAAAUGUUUUGAUUUUCUUUUUGAUGAUAAAACCAUAAUUUGUGUUGGCUCAAAUAAGGAUUAUUUUCUUUCUUUUAUUAAUUGUAAAAAUGGAAAACAAAUUAUAUAUGACAAGAAAAUUAAAAUUCAAAGGCCAAAAAACAACAUGAAUAUAAAUUAUACAUUAAUAUAUGAUUUUAAUUUCAUAUAUGUAGAUAAAGAAAAAAAACAAUUUAAUGGACAUCAAGGUCAUUUUGUAUAUCUAGGAACAACCUGUGGUUAUUUAGUUUUUAUAUUUAUUAGUGAACAUUUUUAUAAUCUUGUAAAUGAUUUAUUAACAAAUGAUAAUGUAAAAAACAAUUCAUUAUUUUAUUAUGAUGAAUAUUAUAAUGUUAAUAUGGGACAAGAUGUCUCUCAAUAUAUUAUAGGAAAUGCUGAGGAUAUAUACAAAAUCGACAAAAAACAAUUAUAUACAUUAUUUGAUGAUACUGAAGAUUAUGUAAAUAAAAAAAACACUUUUUUCUUUGACGAUUCGAAAGAAAAUAUUUUUAAAAAUGUACCACAAAAUUUCUUUUCUUAUGCAUUCUAUAUAUCAAAGAACGCUAAGGUUAAUUCAAUAAUAAGUGUAAAUACAAAAAGUAAUAAAAAUAUACAUAUAAUAAUAGGCCUAAAUGAUGGAAGAUUUAUUACCUUUAUUUUUCAAAUAUGUCCAAACAUUUCAUGUGUAACAAUUAAAAAUAAUUAUUCCAUUUCAAAUCAAAAUUAUAUACAAAAUGAAACUCAUGAUAAGUUAAUCACGCAAGAAAAUGAUAUUAACAAUGAAGAUAAUAAUACGCAUUCAUUAAUAAGUAAUAAUAAUAAUAAUAAUAAUAAUAAUGUGGAACAUAUUGAUAAAUUCAUAACAAAAAGUGAAAAGAUUAUCUAUGAUUUUACAGGUUUACAUCAAGCGUCAACAAUAAGAAAAAUGAACUUUUAUUAUCAAUCAUUUUUUCAAAAAUAUUUUAUUUUUAUAAAUUCUAAUAUAAAGAAAAUUAAUGAAAUGUCAGAUAAAAACUUUUAUACUACUUAUAUUUUUGAUAUAUAUGGAAAAAAAAUUGAUAUUUUAUAUCAGCACCUUUCAUAUAUUAUUGAUUCUUGUAUAUCUUCUUCUGUUUAUUUCUGUUUAGAAGAUAAUAAUACCAUAUCUGUUUUUUCUUUAUUAAAUAAUACAUAA